AUGUUAGUGCUGAGAAUGAAGACCCUUUGCAUUUUCUGCCACGUGGCUUCUUGGAGAGGACACGAGGGCAAGGCUUGGGGUUCCUUUUUGGGCACCUCAGCUUAUAACUUGAUACUUGAUAGAAAUAACUUGACUUUGUGGGCUGAGAUAAGAGAUAUUCAAGUGCUUAGCCACGUGGCAACAGGUGGUUAUGUUUGCCACUGUGGUUGGAAUUCAAUUGUGGAGAGUGUAGUUAAUGGGGUGCCACUUAUAGCAUGGCCACUGUUUGCUGAGCAGAAACUAAAUGCUGCUUUGGUAAGUGAUGAUCUCAAGGUGGCUUUGAGACCAAAAUGUAACGAUCAAGCCAUCGUGGGAAGGCAGGAAAUUGCUAAGGUUGUGAAGAGCUUAAUGCAAAGUGAAGAAGGUGAAGCAAUUCACCAUAGAAUGAAUGCUCUCAAAAUUGCUGCUUCUCAAGCACUUCAAGAACAAUAUGGGUCAUCCACAGGGACUUUAUCUAAGUUUGCUGUCAAAUGCAAAAGUUUCACGAAGAAUGAAUAG